GAGGCGCGCGUGCGACGGUUGGACAGGUCGAGCUCGAGCUGUGGCGCGCGGAGGGCGGUUGGUCAGCUGCACUGCCUGACUGAUUGGCGCACGCACGAGCGCGCGCAAGUAGUGGGCGGAGGGGAAAGCGCGUGCUGGGCUAUGGCAGCACCAAGGUUAGCGUGAGAGACGGAGGGUCGCCGAAAGACGCGAGUCAGCGAGGGGAGUGGGUAUGGCCAGCAUGGAAGCGCCCAGCCUCCCUGCCGACGUGAGGCUCAAACUUGCCGAGCUCGAACUCGAGCUCUCCGAAGGUGAUAUCACUCAGAAAGGCUAUGAAAAGAAAAGGGCCAAGCUUCUGGCUCCAUACAUCCCACAGACUGUAGACAUAAUCAAGGAGCUACAGAGGGAUAAUUUGAUCAAGGCAUGCUUAUCAGGUGUAGAUCCCUCUUUUCAGAUUGAGACCAGACUUCAGGUUCCCCUACAACCUUCUUCUUCCCCUGCUGCUUUUUCUGCUGCAUCCAGACAGCCAAAAUCCCGUUCCUCCAACUCCAGGGAUGAGCGCUAUCGAUCAGAUUUGCACACUGAAGCAGUCCAAGCAGCACUUGCCAAAUACAAAGAGAGAAAAAUGCCGAUGCCUUCAAAGAGGCGAUCUGUGCUUGUACAUUCAUCGCUAGAUGCGUAUACUCCACCAGACACAUCUUCAGCAUCGGAAGAUGAAGGCUCACUGCGUCGCCAGGGCCGGAUCACCUCCACUCCAAAGCAGGGCCAUUUGAACGUAGAGCACUGGCUUAACAAGGUUAUCCAGAGCUCCUCCACCUCAUCCUCUGCAUCGUCCACCUCAUCCCAUGUAGGAGGGAAACCUACUGCUUCACUCGCUGACCUCAUGGCGCAUACCCAUUUAGAUAACCACUCUGCCCCGCCAGAUGUAACCACUGGUGCUUCAGAGCGUCCUCACCACUUUGAACGGCCGCAGGUUUCCUCAGUCCGUGGGGUUCCUCGUGGCUUCAACAGUAGUGUAAUGGAAACAGCUGAUGGUGUACCUGUAAAUAGCAGAGUAUCCUCAAAAAUUCAGCAGCUCCUUAACACGCUUAAGCGACCCAAGAGGCCACCACUAAAAGAAUUCUUUGUGGAUGAUUUUGAAGAACAGUUGGAAGUUUCACAACCAGAUCCAAACCAGCCAAAGCCGGAAGGCUUACAUAUGACACCAACAGUGGGAGAGCCGCUAGGAGUGGUGACAAAUUGGCCUCCAUCGCUGCUAGCUGCUGUGCAAAGGUGGGGGACCAUGCAGCCCAAAGCCUCCUGUCUAACCUCACUGGAUACUACAGGGAAACCAGUUUAUACACUCACUUAUGGCAAGCUGUGGACUCGGAGCCUCAAACUGGCCUACACACUCCUCAACAAACUGAGCACAAGGAAUGAACCUCUGCUGAAACCUGGCGACAGAGUGGCCUUGGUGUAUCCAAACAACGACCCUGUGGCAUUCAUUGUUGCAUUUUAUGGCUGUCUUUUAGCAGAGCUUGUCCCUGUGCCCAUUGAAGUACCACUAACCAGAAAGGAUGCUGGCAGUCAGCAGAUUGGCUUCCUACUUGGCAGCUGUGGCGUAUCGGUUGCUCUCACUUGUGACGCUUGUCACAAAGGAUUACCAAAAGCCCAAACUGGGGAAGUGGUUCAGUUUAAAGGUUGGCCUCGACUGAGUUGGUUUGUUACAGACGUUAAACAUUUAUCGAAACCUCCUAAAGAUUGGUACCCUGUGAUUAGAGAUGCCAUCAACAAUAUUGCUUACAUUGAGUAUAAGACCAGCAAAGAGGGCAGUUCAAUGGGCAUCACUGUAUCUCAGACUGCCAUGCUUGCACAUUGUCAUGCCCUGACCCAAGCUUGUGGUUACACUGAAGGGGAGAUGGUAACAAAUGUUUUGGACUUUAAGAGAGAUGCUGGGCUCUGGCAUGGAAUUUUAACCAGUGUCAUGAACCGGAUGCAUGUGAUCAACAUCCCAUAUUCAUUGAUGAAGGUGAAUCCUCUUUCAUGGAUACAGAAAGUUUACGCCUACAAAGCCCAUGUUGCUGUGGUAAAGUCUCGGGACAUGCACUGGUCUCUCUUAGCUCAGCGGGAUCAAAGAGAUGUAAACCUCAGCUCUCUACGAAUGCUGAUUGUAGCAGAUGGUGCAAAUCCUUGGUCAAUAUCCUCUUGUGAUGCGUUUGUGAAUGUGUUUCAAUCACGUGGUUUGCGCCCUGAGGUGAUCUGCCCAUGUGCGAGUUCAUCAGAAGCCAUGACAGUGGCUAUUCGCAGACAUAGUGACUUGGGAGGGCCUUCUCCAGGGAAAAUGGUGUUGUCCAUGAACGGCUUAAGUUAUGGAGUGCUGCGCAUGGAUACAGAGGAGAAGCUCACUGUUUUGACAGUGCAAGAUGUUGGCGCUGUUAUGCCUGGAGCGCUGGUAUGUGUUGUAAAGUUUGAAGGCGUCCCACAUCUCUGCAAGACAGAUGAGAUUGGUGAGAUCUGUGUGAGCUCGCCAGCAUCAGGGACAUCGUACUAUGGGCUCCCAGGAAUGACAAAGACUGUGUUUGAAGCUGUGCCAGUGAAUACUGGAGGAGUCCCCAUCAGCGAAGAUGUCUUCACCAGGACUAACUUACUUGGCUUCCUUGGAUCUGGAAAGCAAGUAUUUGUUGUGGGCAAGAUGGAUGGACUGAUGGUGGUGAGCGGACGGAGACACAAUGCAGAUGAUGUUGUGGCAACAGCCUUAGCGGUGGAACCAAUGAAGUUUGUGUACAGAGGGAGGAUAGCUGUAUUCUCAGUGAAUGUACUCCAUGAUGAGCGUAUUGUGUUGGUGGCAGAACAGCGACCAGAUGCUUCUGAGGAGGACAGUUUUCAGUGGAUGAGUCGAGUCCUUCAGGCUAUCGACAGUAUUCAUCAGGUAGGAGUUUACUGCCUGGCACUGGUACCUGCUAACACACUACCCAAGACUCCACUGGGUGGCAUCCACCUGUCUGAGACCAAACAACGCUUUCUGGAGGGCAUGCUGCACCCGUGCAAUGUCUUAAUGUGCCCCCACACCUGUGUCACCAACCUCCCAAAGCCUAGGCAGAAACAACCAGAAGUGGGACCUGCUUCCAUGAUAGUAGGGAACCUGGUGGCAGGAAAGCGAAUUGCACAAGCUUCAGGGAGGGACAUCUCACAGUUUGAAGACAAUGAUCAGGCUCGGAAGUUUCUAUUCUUGGCAGAUGUUCUAUUUUGGCGGGCUCAGACCACACCAGACCACCCUCUUUUUCUUCUUCUCAAUGCCAAGGGCACUGUUGUCAAUACUGCGACAUGUAUACAACUGCAUAAGCGGGCAGAAAGGAUAGCUGCGGCCUUGUUAGAAAAAGCACGUCUCAACACUGGAGACCAUGUGGCCUUGGUUUAUCCACCAGGCGUUGACCUCAUAGUGACCUUCUAUGGCUGUCUGUAUGCAGGCUGUGUUCCUGUCACUGUCCGACCACCUCACCCUCAGAACCUUGCCACUACUUUACCCACUGUCAAGAUGAUUGUCGAGGUAAGCAAAUCUGUCUGUAUACUCACGACACAAGCAAUAUUGAAACUGCUCCGGUCAAAGGAGGCAGCUGCAGCUGUGGAUAUCAAGACCUGGCCUACAGUUUUAGAGACAGAUGACCUGCCCCGAAGGAAGCCUCCUCAGAUUUACAAAGCACCAACACCUGAAAUGUUGGCAUAUUUGGACUUUAGUGUAUCCACCACUGGAAUCCUAGCAGGAGUGAAGAUGUCGCAUGCAGCAACGAGUGCCUUGUGUCGAUCUAUCAAGCUACAGUGUGAGCUCUACCCUUCCAGACAGAUUGCAAUAUGUCUAGACCCUUACUGCGGCCUUGGUUUUGCACUCUGGUGUCUCUGCAGCGUUUACUCAGGACACCAGUCAAUCCUGGUUCCUCCACUUGAGCUGGAGAGUAACGUUUCCCUCUGGCUUUCUGCAGUCAGCCAGUACAAAGUGCGUGUCACUUUCUGUUCCUACUCCGUGAUGGAGAUGUGCACCAAAGGACUUGGCUCACAGACAGAGGCACUCAAGGCAAAAGGCCUGAACUUGUCUUGUGUACGGACCUGCAUGGUUGUGGCAGAGGAGCGACCAAGAAUAGCACUUACACAAUCCUUCUCUAAGUUGUUCAAGGACCUGGGUCUGUCACUGAGGGCAGUGAGCACAACCUUUGGCUGCAGGGUCAAUGUGGCAAUUUGUUUACAGCCACACAGGCUGGGCAAACUGGCUGAACAGGGUACAUCUGGACCGGACCCAACAACAGUGUUUGUGGAUAUGAGAGCCCUUCGACAUGACAGGGUGCGGUUGGUGGAGAGAGGUUCCCCCCAUAGUCUUCCACUAACUGAGUCAGGAAAGAUUCUCCCUGGAGUAAAGGUUAUCAUAGCAAAUCCAGAAACUAAAGGCCCUCUGGGAGAUUCCCACUUAGGAGAGAUCUGGGUGAGCAGUCCGCACAAUGCCACUGGGUACUACACCGUUUAUGGUGAAGAAUCCUUACAUGCUGACCAUUUUAAUGCUCGGCUUAGUUUUGGUGACACACAGAUUGUGUGGGCACGGACAGGUUAUCUGGGUUUUCUUCGUAGAACAGAGCUGACUGAUGCAAGUGGAGAACGCCAUGAUGCCUUGUAUGUGGUUGGAUCUCUGGAUGAAACACUGGAGUUGAGAGGAAUGCGUUACCACCCAAUUGAUAUUGAGAUCUCAGUGCUGAGAGCACACAAGAGUAUUGCUGAAUGUGCCGUGUUCACUUGGACUAAUCUGCUUGUCGUGGUGGUCGAGCUGGAUGGUUCUGAACAGGAAGCACUGGACCUGGUUGCCUUGGUUACUAAUGUUGUGUUAGAAGAACAUUACUUGAUUGUGGGAGUGGUAGUUGUGGUGGACCCUGGGGUCAUUCCCAUUAACUCGCGUGGUGAAAAACAGCGAAUGCACCUUCGAGAUGGCUUUCUAGCCGAUCAACUCGAUCCUAUAUAUGUGGCCUAUAAUAUGUGAACUCAGUAUUCUGAAACUAAUGCUGAAUCAAUGAAGGUGUUCGCCAGCACCCUGAAUGUCCGUAUUGUUCUUAUAUGCUGCAAUUGGAAGAAAAGCAAAGAAAACCAGCCAUGCUGACAAGGCAGAUUCUGGGAAUGGUGUGUAUUUGAAGGUCAACACUGUUGCAUAUGAUCUUUAGUCAGCAAUUUCUUAUGAUGUGUUUUGCAUAGCUCCAACACCUGCCAUAUCACAGAAGCCAUGGGCUGGCCUGCCACAUACUGCUGGCACCAUAUUAAAUGUGAAGUAGUAUUCUAGGAGUGUCACUGUAUCACGAUACAUAGGGAGACUGCAUAACCAUACAAGGGGCAAGAUAAAAGUAUCUUCACUGUGUGGCAUCGGACUAUCUGCUGAAUCAGUUGAAUGGACAUCAAAUCGAUCGUAAAGUUUGAGUCACCAUUUUUAUUUUUCAUAAAUUACUGCUAGUCCUUAAAGUUUCUCUUGCAGCCGCACUAUCUUUGUGUGACAAUGCAUUUGGAGGUUCUUUAAAUCAAAACUGUUCUUAAUGGAUAUAACUCGGAACAGACCGCAUGGAUUCAUCCUUGGCGCCUAGAUGAAUGGUCAGGCCAAUUGUGCUUCCUUUUGAAGCUUUAUUUACUGUUCACCUGAGCAAGAAGCAACGGAAAUAGUCCUGACCAAGUGUGUGUCAUAUCCUGGACUUGGAUGGGUGCCCCAAUCAUUUAGGAGUGGAGAUGUUGGCAGUUCUUAGCCUGACGAGUGGUAUAACCAAUAUAUUCAGUGAGAAUCAUGUCAUCUAUAUCACUAUUGUGUUGAGAAGAAACCAUGAUAAUCACCCUAAGCAACAGAAGCUCAUGAUCAAGCCUUUUCUUCAGAGAUUAUAUUCCUAGGCAAAUAAAACGAGUAAACUGUAAUUUUUGUGAUCAACAUGUUGUGAUACUUUUUAUAAAGUAUUGCCAUAUCAUCCACAAAAUUAGUUUGCAGCACUCUGUCAUUGAAUGUCUGUUUCCUCGCAUAAUUUCAUGAUUAAGGCCUGAAAGUGUCACAAGGGUGUAGAAGAAGGUCACUUUCUCAAUUUAAAAAAUAUUUCAGAGGGCCUGCAGUCUGACCUAGCUUUAAUCAAAGUCCCACCAUGACUGAAUUGAUGCCAAGAUCUUUUCAUGUGAUUGCCAAACACAAAUCCUGUCAGUUGCUGCAUUUUCCAUCUUGUUGCUAACUUGCACUCACACACCACAGCAUUUCUUGCAGUCUGGGGCCCAAAACACAGCACAAUGUGGUGAUUAGACAAAUAAUAAAGUUAUUGCUAAUGUU